CAGAGUAAUUUUAUAUAUAUGUAUUUUUUGUAUUAUUGAAUAAAUCUCAUCGCGAGAAAAACAAUCGUCAACAUGCUUCCUUCAUCCGGCAUCGAUCCCAGACUCAAACUCAAGACCCAAUCACAAGAUGAACUUGCGAAUCAAGAACUUUUUGUUGACUAUCUGAAGUCUCACUAAAGCACUCUGUACACGCAUUGAAUUUUCCAUUAAUUAAGUGUUAAAACUCCAGAAAAAAGUGUUCCUUAUCAAAUGCAUCUAUCGCCCGCGAGACCAUUAUACUGCCUAAGUAUACUCAAAUGUCGCCAUACCGUUCACUUCGUAAAAGACAAUACCAGCCUUAGGCCCUUUACAAAAAUUUCCAUUAAAAACUGUUUACGUAUGGAAACCGAGCCGAUCUAAUGUGCACCAACAGCCGGCAUAUAAACGAAACUUUCACACUAUGUAAUGUUUACAAACACUCUGCUCAAAAUAUCCAAAGCAACACGUUUCACGUUUUUACACGGAUGAAUCCAAGCUAAAGAACAGGGUUGGCUACGGAGUUUUUUCUGUAGAAUUAGGACUGGAAAUAUUCAACCGAAUCCCGGGGCGCUGCAGGGUUUAUCAGGCAGAUCUAGCAAAAGAACAGGUGGCUGUGUACCUUAAUACACAUGCCGUAACGAAGACUACGAUUAAUAUCUUCUCGGACAGCCAUCAAAUCAAUGAUAUUAGCACGGUCUUCAAGGUCAACUUCACGUGGACAGCAGGACAUAGAAAUAUUGAUGAAAAUUUCCAAGCCGAUGAGCUAACCUCUUCUACUGCAUGAACACAGGAGUAAGAUUGGUAACAUUGAUAACAAAUUGAUAAGAAAAAACGGAGGAACUGCUCAGCCAUUCAAGAGAGGAUAUUUUGAUGGUUAUGGCUUAUGUAAUCGGUUAUUAACUAUUUGGUAGCCACGCUUCGAGACUAGGAGCAUUCUCCCAUGAAUAUUUCAGAAGUUGCACAGGUAAGGAAGAAGAAGAAAUAUUUGAGCACUUCUUCUGUAGCUGUCGCAAAGAGCUUUCUGGGUAACUCUCUUAUGGGAGGAAUAAAACCACUCCUACACUUCAUAAGAGCUAAAAAAUGAAAAAAGUCGUUGAUUGCCAUACGGUGUAGUUGUUGAUAGGGGAAUCGUUCAUGUACAUAUUUGUCAAUUUAAUAAUACGACUGCUGGUGUCUUCGUCAUACCAGUUGUUCCUACGUGGAAAGUAGGAGGAGGAGCCUACCACCUCUUCCGCUGACACAACUACUACAUACUUCUACUAACUACUACUUCUAAUUAUUAACUAAUUAUACUGGACUGUUAUUCUAAGAGUAAACUUUCAAGCUUCAUUGGGCCUCAUACAUAAAAUAAUGAGCUUAACAGCCUUAUUAUAUAUAUCGAAUGAUAGGCGGCUCUGAUUUCAAAUUUAUUACUCUAUCGGUUGUCUUCGUCUUGCUUUACGUCGAUUAUGAUUAGUAGGUCGUCUCGAUUACGUUUAAACCGGCUGGAAUGAAGCCGCCGGACUAAUUGUUCCAGCACUCAUCUGAGUGUAAGCUCGGACUCGAAUUUCAGUACAAAUGAGCUUGACCUCACUCCAUCAGUGCAAAAAAAUUUAGUAUGAGCUUGAACUCACUUUUUAUGCAUGAGUCCUAUUACAUCUUCAAUCAAUUUCUAAAAAUUUCGUCUAACGCCCAUGUAAUUUCUACAUUGUGCCGUUUUGGAAACGAGUGCGUUGGAUGUUGCAUUUUUUUAUGAUUCCUUCGUCUAACUACACCACCACCAUCACAGCUCCUUGUAAAAAUUUGUUUCAGCUUCCAUUAAAAACUUUUCGUAUGGAAACCGAACCGGUCUAAUGUGCGUACAUACAUCUGUAUGUUUUUAUCAUGGUUUGUAUGUAUGUACAUGUCAACAAAUAAUACUCAUUCAAAAUUUGUUUGAGAAAAAAAUCCAAUAGCUGACAUAGCAACGAGAAUUUCACACUCUGUAAUGUUUACAAGGGAAUAACACUUAGCUCAAAAUAUCCAAAGCAACACGUUUCAAUUUCAGUCGACCCCGAAAAUCAAAAACCAAAAAGUAUUAUUCAAUUUUUGACUUUCCAACCGAACCGGUUUUAGCUAGCGGUAUAUUUCACAUUUUUAUUUUGAAGAGGUUUUUUGAAUCAACGCCGCUAUGAAUAACGAACAAACCUCCGAUGAGAGCGCACCGGAAACGCAACCGACAUUUGGCGACGAUUUCGUUCCCGAACCCAAGUCGGAAUCUGUAAAAGAACACGGCCAUGAUGGGCUUUCCGAAUGCGAAUUUGCAGCUAUAACAGAGGCGCCAGCUCCGCCUGAGCCGGAGCCUAUACGCUUGGCGCUUUUGCCACCGGACCAUCCGCUCUUGGCAAAGUUCCAGGCAAACUUGAAGGAGUAUCUUUUGCGCACGAAGGAGCAGUUGAAGAGUGAGAUUGCCGAAAUCAAAUAUCAACUCAAGUUAAAAGAAGCGACACGCGAAGAGCAGGGAGCGAAGCUAUACGACUUGCAGCAAGGCAUUAAGCGACAAAACGAACAGCUCGAUGAAUAUGGACAAGAGAUACAAACAAAUAUGGAGAAGCGUGUUGAAAUGGAGGGUGUCGUUGCCAAACUCAAAGAGGAGUUCGAGGAACGUUUUCAAGUGAAUAAGAAUCAAAAGCAGAAGUAUAAUAAACGUAUGGUCGAAUUGGAGAACUUAAACACUUUAGAGGGACACAUACGCAAUUGGGCCGAUGAGUUGGAGGACGAAGUGAAGAAUGCCAAGCGUAUCGUUAAUCGUGAUACCCAGCUGCAAAAGCAACUAAGCGAGGAUAAGAAAAAAUCUGACAUGCUAUUCUACCACCUGGAUAUGGAAGUGAAGAAGAAGGAACAUCAGAUCGAGAUAAUGCGCAGUGAGGUGCAAGAUAUGCGUGAAAUAACCGAUGCGCUGAAGAUGAGCAUUAAUGAUGCAAACACCGACUUGGAGGUGCUACAAACCGAGCACAAACGCUUGACUCUGGCGUGGAGCGAGGUGAUUGUGGCCAUACAACAUCGCGAUAAAAUACUCUAUCAAGCGCAACAAGCAAUGGGCAAAGAACAAGAGUCCAUGAAACUUAACACCAGAAGCAUUGAGGGCAUCAAAAAGCAAAUAGCAAAGGAAGCAAAACUAAAUGAAAAAUUAGAGGUUUUUAAAUCACGUCUUCUAGCCGAUUGUGGUAAUAUUAAGCGCGAAUGUCAAAAGCAAUCCGACACGCUUCUUGCUCUACAAACGAAACUCGAAGAACUUCCGCUUUGGUUGGAGCAAAAUGAGAAAGAUUUAACCGAAGCUAAUCGCGAAGGCACUAAUUUAGAAACUGAAUUACGCAGAUUACAAUUGAAAUGUGAUAAAAUGAAUGCCAGAAAGUAUCAGCUGGAGGAGAAUAUGCUGAAGCUGGCGCAAGAAGGUUUGAUUACGGAUAAAGCCAGUCAAUAUAGCUUGAAAUUGUUUCGCGAAGCACAGGAAACACGCAGAGCCACCGAAUUAAACUUGGCUAUAGUGCAAAGCCAACUCUCGGAAAUACUGCUGGAUAUAGAACGUUACCGGGGUAUAUUGAUUCGUUUGAAUCAGGAGCAAGAAGAACUGCAAAAGCGUUUGGAUAUAGCUGAACAAAACGCGGAACUAAUUUCGGCCGAGACGCGUAACAUGGAAACACAAAUCGAUUUGAAACUAAAGAAGGUCGAUCGUUUGUCGAGUCGUGUUGCCUAUCUGUCUGGUAUUGGCGAAGACGAGGGAUUAAAUGCAACGCGAAAGAAGAUUAAAUUGCUAGAGAAAGCCAUAUCAUCCAUGGAACAGCAAAUACGUGAUUUACAACAAUUUUGGCUGAUGAUGCAGAAUCACUAUGUUAAUUUGUCCGAGAAGCGAAAUAAUCAGCUAAAUGAAAUGCAGGUUACCCAAAAACAGCUCGGUAUUGUAAAGCAAAAGUCGCUGAAGAUCGAUGUAGAUCUAGAAAAGCAAGAGGAAGCUACAAAAGAACUGGAGCGUGACAUAGAAAUAUUCUUAACGAAAUUGGAGAUAUUGAAUAAAAAAAUAAGUAAGGCGCGCCAGCAGCAUGAUACCGAGGAAAAUGAAUGCCAAUUGGAGCACACGGAGCUAGUACUCAAAUUAAAGGACCACGAAAUGAAUGUUUUGAAUAUGGAAGCCGAAAUUGAUGAGCUGCAGGAUGAGAUCGAGCAUUAUAAAGACUUGGUAUUGGAUAAACAUCGCGAAUCACUCUCGUGGGAGACCAAAUAUAAGCUCAUAGAGGAGACGCUGCGUUGGCGCAAGGAUGAAACGAAUCUCACCAGCGAAAUCGGUAAUAUGAAAUCGGAGAUACAUCGCAUGCGUAUACGUUUUCAACAGCUGAUGCGCGCUCAAGAGAAGCUUGCACAAGAUUUGCAACAUGGUGUGGCACAUCGUGAGCACAUCUAUGUUGCCGCCUCGGCAAAGAAGUUGGCCGAGGUGAAAGAACAACGCAUGAAAACUGGUAUUUCAUCCGAGCAGAAAGUCAUCGAUUUGCGUAAUCGUUUGAAGAAGAUACAAAAUGAGAUAAGCAUCAUUAACGAUCAGCAACUUGUAAAGGUUACUCGCGAAAACGAACGCAUACGCGCCGAUCUAAAUCGUUUAUACAACAAUAUUGAAGGUGAAAAGGCAAACGACGAAGAGUAUCGCCAGAAGAUUGAUGAGUGCAUGUUGUUGAAACAUUACAAUUUAGAGCGCAUUGUACGCAAACAAAAUCGGGCAAAGUCCUAUAGGCGUUUGGGUGUGGGAACUGUAACACCGAAAAUGCGUUCCGAUUCAACGAUAAGACAACUGGUACAAAAGCAAAUGGAAAUCAAUGAUAAUCUCUUGGACGUAGUGCAGAUUUUGACCAAUGACUUUGCAGAAAAGAAAAAAUUCUUUGCAAAAAUUAUCCAAGUUCUAAGAGACUAAGAGGUAUAUACAU